AUGUUGAUCUUGAACUCCUUCGUCAACAACAUCUUCGAGCGGAUCGCCACCGAGGCCUCCAAGUCGGCUCCCUACAACAAGAAAACCACCAUCUCGUCCCGAGAGAUUCAAACCGCUGUCCGACUCAUCCUUCCUGGAGAGCUCUCCAAGCACGCCAUCUCGGAAGGAACUAGUCGCGUCUAGGUACGACAGGCUAACUUCGUGAGACCGCCGAGCCCCACUACAUCGAUGCAUCUACCUGUAACCCUACAGUUUCCAAUGAUAGAUACCAACGAG